GCCUUUUAAAAGCCACCCCCACCAUACGUUCCAAUCCCCUCUUCACCGUUCCAAUCGCCCUUAAACCCUAGCACCAGCAGCCGCGCGGCGCUCCUCCCGGCGACUAGGGUUCUUCUCGCCGCCGCCGCCGCCGAUUGCAAUGGAGUUCUGGGGUCUUGAACUUAAGCCUGGGCAGACAGUCAAGGUUGAGCCUGAACCGGAGCACUUUUUGCAUCUUUCUCAGGGUGCCCUUGGGGAAUCAAAGAAGGAUGACAAGGCAACUAUGUUUGUGAAAAUUGAUGGCAAGAAGUUGGCCAUUGGGACCCUCUCCACUGACAAGUUCCCUCAAAUCCAGUUUGAUUUGGUAUUUGAGAAAGAUUUUGAACUAUCGCACAGCUCAAAGAGUUCAAGUGUCUUCUUCUCUGGAUACAAGGUUUUCCAGCCAGCUGAGGGAGAUGAGAUGGAUUUUGAUUCUGAGGGUUCUGAAGAAUCAGAGGAAGAUGAGGAAGAGGCAGUCAUCCCAGUGACCAAGGAAAAUGGCAAAGCUGAAGGAAAGCAGAAACAAGUAAAAAUUGAUGCGGGAUCGUCAAAGGCAAAGCCUGUUUUGAAGGCAGUGGGAAAUAAGAAGGGUGGUGAUGAGAGCUCUGAUGAUGAUGAGUCUGAUGAGUCUGAUGAUGAUAUUGCUGAUUUGAGCGAUGAUGAUUCUGGCAGUGAGGAUGGUACCAGUGAGGAGAGUGAUGAGGAGGAAGAAGAGGAAACACCCAAGAAGUCUACUGGGAAGAAGAGAGCAGCUGAAACUGUGUUGAAGACUCCUGCUUCUGAUAAGAAGGCAAAGGCUGCUACACCAUCUGGCCAGAAGACAGGUGACAAGAAGGGGGCUGUCCAUGUGGCGACUCCACAUCCGGCGAAGAAGGCAAGCAAGACCCCUGCCACCAGUGACAAGUCCCCCAAAUCUGGUGGGUCAGUCGCUUGCAAGUCGUGCAGCAAGACUUUCAACAGUGAAACUGCUCUACAGUCUCACUCGAAGGCGAAGCACAAUGAGGCCAAGUGAGGAUGGUUGGCCGGCUCAUCUACCGCGUUCUGCUAUGUGUUAGGCUAUGUUAUUUUGUUCCCCUGAGAAAGUGUCGAGUGAAGCGAGAAACUGUUAGUGACGAUGUUAUUGUUAUUUCAAGUGGGAAGUGGUUGGUGGUCGUUUUUUAAUGAUUGAAUGCUCGUUGUUUGGCUGAAACUCUGGAUGAUGUUUGGCAGUUGAAUGUGUUUAUCCCCUCA